UUCUUGAGAGUACGGAACGGACACGGGCAAAUGUGAAAACUUCUCAGUAUCCAAAGAUGGGUAUAUUUUAGUAAUUCUCCAAAAGACAUCCGAAGAAGUACUAAACAAUCCCCCACCCUUUCUCAAACCAGCUUUCAAUGGCUGUUUCAGACAAACCAGUGGUUUUGAUCACGGGCUGCUCCGAUGGAGGUAUCGGAAACGCCCUCGCCCGCGCCUUCGCUUCCGAGAAAUGCCCUGUUGUCGCAACCAGCAGAUCCGUGAAUACCAUGAAAAGCCUUGAGAACGAUUCUCGGGUCUUUCUCCAGGAACUCGAUGUCCAAUCCGAAGAAAGCAUUGGAAGAGCUCUGGCGAACGUCUAUGACAAGUUCGGACGGAUCGAUGUCCUCGUCAACAAUGCGGGGGUCCACUGCGUGGGCCCGCUUGCAGAAAUUCCCUUGUCUGCCGUCAAGAAUACCUUCGAUACCAAUGUCUACGGUCCAAUGAGGUUGAUUCAAGCUGUUGUCCCUCACAUGGCAACUAGGCGAAAGGGCAAGAUAGUAAAUGUUGGAAGUGUAUCUGCUUUGGCCCCAGGACCAUGGGCAGGUGCUUACUCUGCAUCUAAAGCCGCUCUUCAUGCUUUGACUGAUAGCUUGAGGUUGGAACUUGGGACAUUCGGCAUUGACGUUAUGAAUGUGGUUCCUGGCGCAAUCCAAUCGAACAUCGGAAACACCUCGGUUGCUAAUUACAGCAAGAUGCCCGAGUGGAAGCUAUACAAGCCAUUCGAGGAUGCCAUUCGUGCACGGGCGAAGUUCUCUCAGAACCUCAAUUCUACUCCAGCAGACGAGCUUGCAAAGAAGACAGUGGCGGCUGUGCUGAAGGAAAACCCGCCUGCAUGGUUCACCUAUGGCAAGUUCUCAACGGGUUCAGCCAUCCUCUAUCACCUACCACUCUUCCUUAGAGAUCGCAUCCUAAGGAUAGUGAUGAAAUGCUGAAGGCUUCUCCAUACAUGGCCAUUCAUUCACGUGCAUAAACACACGGGUUUAUGCAUGCAUGUUUUUAUGUGUUUGUUCAUGUACAUUUGGAGGAGCUGUGCUUGACUCUUGAAAUUUAGGAUUUUAUGUUAGCAUUCAGCAUCCAUUUCUCGUCA